CAGUCUUCCUCAAAUCCUCAGAAGAGAAAACUGAGUUCAAAACCGGGUUGAUGACCCAUCAAGACUCUCUCUUUUCUCCUUUCACUCCUCUAAAACCACUCCAAUGCAACACCAACAAAGACCCACUAUCCCAACUCGCUCGGCUCACCCCCACUGACUCAGUCCCAACUCAGUUACCAUGCUUAAGAAGGGCAAGCUCAAGCUCCCUGACAGGCUUGGUAUUUUGGUCCCUGGUUUGGACGACAAAGAGGAGGAGAAUGGAGGGUCCGAACCGGUUUUCGAGUCCGGUGAGGAGCUUGAGAUUAUGGAGCCUAAUGGGGUUGAGUUAGGCCACAAGGAAAAUGAGUAUGAAUUUGAUUUGGGUGUUGAUGAUAAAGUUGGGGAUAAAGUGGAUGCUUUUAGGACCCGGAAGAGACCCGAUAAAGAUGGGCCGGGCCAUGUCACGGUUAGGGAGGUUAUUGCAGCUGAUGAGAAAAGGUCUGAUCUUGAAUAUGAGUUCUCUCAAAAGGAGAUAAAUUUGGAAAAGGUGAAGAGAAUUGCUAGUAUGGGGGUUCCUGAUGGAGGAGGAUUGAGGGCAACAGCUUGGAAGCUAUUGUUGGGUUAUUUAUCUCCUUCUCAUGAUGUGUGGGAAAAGGAGUUAACCGAGAACAGACAAAAAUAUGCUAAGCUAAAAGAGGAGCUUCUGCUGAGUCCUUCAGAGUACACCAGGGUAAAAGCUGAUGCAAUGAUUUCCGCUGAGCUGAGCAGUGAAGGUGAUGUUGCUGGACCACUUAAGCGACAAGGAAUUUCUCAUGGAGAUCAUCCCCUGAGUGUUGGUAUGGCUAGUGCUUGGCAUCACUACUUUAAGCAUACAGAGAUUGCAGAACAGAUUGACCGUGAUUUGCAGCGCACACAUCCAGAUAUGAAAUUCUUCUCAGGGGAGUCCUCGUUCAGUAAGAAGAAUAGGGAAGCAAUGAGGAACAUUCUUCUCUUAUUUGCAAAGCUAAAUCCAGCUAUUUGUUAUGUACAAGGCAUGAAUGAGGUCCUGGCACCAAUACUCUAUGUAUUUAGUACUGACACUGAUGAGCAGAAUGCUGUAAAUGCUGAAGCUGAUAGCUUUUCUUGUUUUGUUCGACUGCUGAGUGAUUCAGUGGAUCACUUUUGCCAACAGUUGGAUAAUAGUCCUGUUGGCAUCCUCUCCACUCUUUCCCGCUUGGCAAAAUUAUUGAAAGAAAAUGAUGAGGAAUUAUGGAAGCAUCUUGAAUUCACUACCAAGGUUAAGCCACAAUUCUAUGCAUUCAGGUGGAUCACUUUGCUACUGUCUCAGGAAUUCAACUUCCAAUCCAUUUUAAGAAUCUGGGAUUCUCUUUUGAGCAAUCCUUUUGGGGUUCAGGAUAUGCUUUUGCGGAUCUGUUGUGCAAUGCUGUUAUGCAUGAAAAGCAGGCUAUUGCGUGGUGAUUUUGUAGCUAACUUGAGGCUUUUACAGCAUUACCCUGACAUCAACAUCGAAUACCUUCUCCAGGUAGCACAGGAUCUAAGUGCCGAUACAUCAUCCUACAGUUUGUCUUUGUAAAUUAACGUGUUGUAUACAACUGUUUGCAUAACAAGUUUUGUAUUUGACCAAACAAGAAUUGAGGUGCCGCUGUGAGUUUCUUGCUUGAAGUUUUUCCCUCUCAUCCUUUUCUUUCAAGGAUGGAACUGAUCAGCUGAAAUGAACAUCAACUAUCUAAUUUUGUUCUA